UGAAGGUGGCAAUGGAUCAGUCCCUCGACGAUGUGAUCAAGAGCAAGCAGGCCGUCGCCAAAGCCGCCGCCGUCGCCGCCAAGAAAAGAGGAGGCCUCGCCAAGCACCAUCAGAAGCGACCUCAAACUUCAUUGCAUGCAGGCAAUGCCAAGAAUCAUGCCACGCGUCACCGCCAUGCAUCUGCUGCUCGGGACAACUCGGCGGUGGAUUCUCUAGGCACGGCGGAGCAGCUCGGGAUGUCACUCGACGCCUUGAUUGCAACGAAACGGACCUCGGUCAAGGCCCGUCCAACUCCCGUUGCCAACCAGGGCGCCAAGCUUCGCGCCACCGCCGUGCACGGAGCGCAAACGAAACGGCAAGCGUAUUGGAAUCAAAAGCGCGGGCUUCCUGCUGCAGCAGCGCUACCUACGGUGACCAUCCGCAACCACUCGACUAGCAACCAGCGUCACCGCCAUUCCCAUGCUGCUGCUGCGUCUCGUCCGACCAACGACAACAUGCUCCGCCGUGUGAACCUCGGCAAUCGCCGCCAGCAGCACAAGCAGCCCCACCACCCCCAACAUGCUAACGACGACGACGACACGCCGCCGCGACUGCAAGCGUGGGAGCAGCACAGCCUCGACCACCCCACCAAGUUCAACCUUCCCGACGGCACCAACUUCAAAAUCUCGAUCGAUCUGGACCGCGUCAGUUCCGUCGUAGGCAUCAACGCGUCCUCGGCUGAUGUAUCGUUGCGCCAAUAGUAACGUUCGUAACCUCAUUAACUAUAUCGCAUAUUGUUCACUA